CACCUGGAGCAUCCUCUACGGCAAACCCGUCCUGUGCCGGCCGCUGCGGCUCAGCUGGAGGCAGGACGUCACGGUGCACUUCGUGGUACCCGUGAAGAACCAAGCCCGCUGGGUGCAGCAGUUCAUCUCGGACAUGGCCGGCCUCUACGGGGCUACGGGGGACGCCAACUUCAACGUCAUCCUGGUGGACUUCGACAGCGACGACAUGGACGUCGAGAAAGCCCUGCGAGACGCCCGACUGCCCCGCUACCAGUACCUGCGGCGCACGGGGAACUUUGAGCGCUCGGCGGGGCUGCAGGCUGGGGUUCCCCUGGCGCAGGAUGGGCACAGCAUCGUGUUCCUCUGCGACCUGCACAUCCACUUCCCCGCCAACAUCCUGGACAGCAUCCGCAAGCACUGCGUGGAGGGGAAGCUGGCCUACGCGCCCAUCGUCAUGCGCCUGGGCUGCGGCAGCUCCCCGCGGGAGCCCAAUG